UUCUGGAAUCAACAAGGCAGACAUCAGGCACAAUGUAUCUCUCUGGGCUGCCUUUCUAAAAUCUUCAAGGAUGAGUUUUACUGCAAGAGGAUUUUACAUCUGAUUGUCCAUCACAGGCAAAGGCUGACAUUUUUCCCCUCAUUUUGGUUUCCUUUCCCUCUUUUGCCCCCCUCCCCUCCCCCUCGGUGUUUGGGGUUGAAAGGCAGUUGUCUGAGAUGGAUGUGUCUCUUUGCUCUACCAAGUGUAAUUUCUGGAGGAUUUUCCUAUUGUGGAACAUUUUGCUGGUCUAUUUUGGAUCGGUUCUGGCUUGCCCUGCUAAUUGUGUGUGCAGCAUGACUGAGAUCAACUGCAAGAAGCAGGAUGAUGGCAAUAUAUUCCCCCUUUUGGAAGGGCAAGAAUCUGGGUCCACGAAUGGGAACACCAGCCUCAAUAUCACUGACCUCUCCAAGAACAUCAUUUCAAUACACAUAGAAAACUGGAAAGGUCUACACACGUUGAAUGCCGUGGAUAUGGAACUAUACACUGGACUCCAGAAACUAACAAUCAAGAACUCGGGACUGAGAAGUAUACAGUUAAGGGCAUUUGCCAAGAAUCCACAACUGCACUACAUAAAUCUCUCUGGGAACCGACUGACAACUUUAUCAUGGCAGCUUUUUCAGAACCUGGAACUUAUUGAGCUGAGGAUAGAAAGAAAUCGCUUUAAUUGCAGUUGUGAUAUUCGCUGGAUUCAACUUGGACAGGCAAAAAACGAGGCUAACUUGAGGAGUCAGCAACUCAACUGCAUGAACGUGGAGGGAAAUUUCAUACCCUUACGAGAAAUGAACAUUUCACAGUGUGACCCUCCAGAGAUCAGUGUCAGCCACAGCAGCUUGAUUGUUCAAGAAGGAAAAAACGCAGUGCUUACCUGUAAUGGAUCUGGUUCGCCACUUCCAGAUGUGGACUGGAUUGUCACGAAUCUCCAUUCAAUAACCACCCAUCAGACCAACGUCAACUGGACCAGCGUUCAUUCCGUUAACCUGACCCUCGUCAAUGUUUCAGGCGAGGAUAAUGGCCUCACAUUGACCUGCAUUGCUGAGAAUGUCGUGGGAAUGACCAAUGCAAGUGUGCCACUAACUGUUCACUAUCCACCCAAGAUACUGAGUUUAAAAGAGCCAGUAUCUCGGCUUGAGCACUGCAUUGAAUUUGUGGUCCGUGGCAAUCCGCAGCCAGAACUCUCCUGGUUCCAUAACAACCAAACUCUUAGAGAAGUGGAUUUCAUACGCACAGAGUACUAUGGACAGGACAAUGUCUCAGAAGGCUGCCUUCUCUUUAAUAAACCCACGCAUUAUUACAAUGGAAAUUACACUCUUGUUGCUAAAAAUAAACUAGGAGUUGCUAGGCAAACGGUUUAUGCCCAUUUUUUGGCACAGCCAUUUCCAGAGAAUACUGAUUAUUUCUUUUCGGUAGCAGACACUGGAGUAAGCCCCACACCUCCAAUCAGCGUGACUCAUAAACCAGAAGAGGACACAUUUGGCGUUUCGAUUGCCGUUGGCCUUGCAGCUUUUGCAUGUGUCCUGUUGGUGGUACUCUUUAUUGUCAUUAACAAAUAUGGAAGACGCUCCAAAUUUGGAAUGAAAGGUCCUGUGGCAGUGAUUAGUGGAGAAGAAGAUUCUGCCAGUCCUCUCCAUCACAUCAACCAUGGCAUAACCACACCAUCUUCGCUAGAUGCUGGGCCAGAUACUGUUGUGAUUGGAAUGACUAGAAUUCCGGUUAUUGAAAACCCACAAUAUUUCCGUCAAGGACACAACUGCCAUAAGCCAGACACAUAUGUCCAGUAUAUUAAAAGAAGAGAUAUUGUCCUGAAGAGGGAGCUUGGUGAAGGAGCCUUCGGGAAGGUUUUUCUGGCUGAAUGCUAUAACCUAAGUCCAACCAAAGAUAAAAUGCUGGUCGCUGUCAAGGCCUUGAAAGAUCCUACAUUGUCUGCUCGCAAAGACUUCCAAAGGGAGGCAGAACUUCUUACCAACCUUCAACAUGACCACAUAGUCAAAUUUUACGGUGUCUGUGGUGAUGGAGAUCCUCUAAUAAUGGUGUUCGAAUACAUGAAACAUGGGGAUCUUAAUAAAUUCCUAAGAGCACAUGGGCCUGAUGCCAUGAUCCUUAUAGAUGGACAACCUCGUCAGACUAAAGGCGAUCUGGGAUUAUCUCAAAUGCUGCACAUUGCUACACAAAUUGCUUCUGGGAUGGUCUAUCUUGCCUCUCAACAUUUUGUCCACCGGGACUUGGCUACUAGAAACUGCCUCGUGGGGGUGAAUCUGCUUGUCAAGAUUGGAGACUUUGGCAUGUCUCGUGAUGUCUACAGUACAGACUACUACAGAGUGGGUGGUCACACAAUGCUGCCAAUACGAUGGAUGCCUCCUGAGAGUAUUAUGUAUAGGAAGUUUACAACCGACAGUGAUGUAUGGAGUUUUGGGGUCAUCCUCUGGGAGAUAUUCACGUAUGGAAAACAACCAUGGUUCCAGUUAUCAAAUACAGAGGUCAUCGAAUGCAUUACACAAGGACGUGUCCUGGAGAGACCAAGAGUGGCUCCCAAAGAAGUUUAUGACAUUAUGCUGGGAUGUUGGCAAAGAGAACCACAGCUGAGACUUAACAUUAAGGAGAUCUACAAGAUUCUUCAAGCCUUGGGAAAGGCUACACCAAUUUAUUUGGACAUUCUAGGCUAGCAAAUGGCAUCUACAAAUAUCCAACCCUAUCUAGCCUCCUAUUCUUGUCCCUGCUUUUCCUGGAAAAUGUCUUCAUAUGAAAAAAUUAAAAAAAAAAAAAAAAAGACAAAC